GAUAAUAAAGUUUUGAACAGUGCCUCCCCAAGAAGUGUGAUGAGAAAUGGCUUUAGGAAACAAUACCCAAAGAAGUUAUUCCAUCAUCCCCUGCUUCAUCUUUGUUGAGCUUGUCAUCAUGGCUGGGACUGUUCUGCUCGCCUACUACUUCGAGUGCACCGAUACUUUUCAGGUGCAUAUCCAAGGUUUCUUCUGUCAGGAUGGCAAUUUGAUGAAACCAUACCCUGGAACAGAGGAUGAGAGCUUCAUUUCACCUCUUGUGCUCUACUGUGUGCUGGCUUCAACUCCGACAGCUAUUAUUUUUAUUGGUGAGAUAUCCAUGUAUUUCAUAAAGUCAACCCGAGAAACCCUAAUUAUUCAAGAGAAAACUAUUUUGACUGGAGAGUGCUGUUACCUGAACCCACUGCUUCGAAGAAUAAUACGUUUUAUAGGAGUGUUUGCAUUUGGACUUUUUGCCACUGACAUAUUUGUAAACGCUGGCCAGGUUGUGACUGGGAACUUGGCUCCCUACUUCCUGACUGUAUGUAAACCCAACUACACUGGAAACGACUGUCGGGCCCACCACCAGUUCAUAAACAACGGCAACAUCUGCACUGGGGAUGUAGAGGUGAUUGAAAAGGCAAGGAGAUCCUUUCCAUCCAAACAUGCUGCUUUGAGCAUCUACUCAGCUUUAUAUGCCACGAUGUACAUCACAAGCACAAUUAAAACAAAGAGUAGCAGGCUAGCCAAACCUGUGCUGUGCCUGGGUACCCUGUGUGCUGCAUUCCUCACCGGGCUAAAUCGAGUUUCUGAGUAUCGAAACCACUGUUCGGAUGUGAUCGCAGGCUUCAUCUUGGGGACUGCUGUAGCUUUGUUUCUGGGGAUAUGUGUUGUCCAUAACUUUAAAGGCACUCAUGGAUCGCCUUAACGAGGAAGGACUCUAAUGGCUUUUCCAAGAGUGGAAAGUCCUCUGGAGACAUUGAGUGCACAGAAUCACUCUGCCUCUAUGACUGAAGUAACCUGAGAUGCAAGAUUGGCAACAGAAGCUAUUUUUUAUUACCCUCCAGUACAAUACUCCCAAGACACACAGUUACUAAAUGUCUAACUGUGAUGACCAGUAUUAUGUUAUGUCUAGUUAGAGGCUAAUGUUUUGUACUUUUUUUGUAUGAGGAAGUGAUGUAGCUUGCCCUGAUUUUUUGUCAGCUUUAAUAUUAUUAUGCCAGAAUUUAAAAGCAAAA